AUGCAUGUUUAUUAUAUUACGGAAAAAAGAACAGAAAAAGGAACAAAAACCGAGGAAACUUAUGGAACCGGAGAUAUUUAUAUGUCAACACCUGGAUCAGUUAGCAAGCUGGAUGAGUCGGCCGCAACUCCACUAAGACGUCCAACAGC